GAUCACACUCGAAUGCAAAAAAUAAAAAAAUGUACAAACAAUUUGGCAUCAGAAAACUGAAACAGGGUGUCAAAGAUCUCACAUUCUCACUCUCCAUCACUGAACUUCCAUAGAUUCUCCAUUUUCAUAUCCUAAUUCAAGAAAUAAAAUCCUUUUCCCCUUUCUUAUCUUUCAACUCUUUUGAUCAUUUCAACAAAUUCCACUAUUAAUUUCCCAAAUGUCAGCCCCCAAUAAACCACCUUCCCGUGGUUUCUCAUUCUUUAACAUCACCGCCGGCAUCGGCAGUGGCGGCGGCGGCGGCACUGGCAGAAAAUCCAAUGCGACGAUGGAUCUACCACAACCCCAGCUGAAGCUGGAACCGGAUAGAGAAGUGUAUAGACCGGGUGAUCCGGUAACCAUUACUGUUGAAAUCAAGAAUCCGACUACUUCUUGCUCUUUGCUUAUUGAAAAACUUAGUUUUGAGAUUAAAGGGAUCGAGAAAUUGGAUACCCAAUGGUUUUCAACUCCUAAAUCUUCUCCUGAUUCUAAGCAACGCAGAGGUGAGUAUGUUUUCAUGGAUAAUGUGACUCCUGCAUUAAUUUCAAAUCAGAUUGUCUCUGCCGGUAGCUCCAGACAAUUUAUGGUACGAACAAUUCUACCAAGCACCAUACCACCAUCAUACAGGGGUGCAACCAUUCGUUACCUUUACUAUGUUAGAAGUAUUUUAUUUGGACAAUAUUUGAUAAUGGAAAAUGGUCACUUCCGUGAAGAAUCUAUACGAGAUCUUGAUGAGCUGGAAACGAGAAUACCACUGCAAAUAUGGGUAACUCAGAAGAGUAAUGGCCUGAAAAGUGAAGAAGGCCGCACUUGUGGGAUUGUUCCUGCUUCAACUCUGCCUUUGGAUGUUUACUGGAAAGAGAUGGAUGCAGAUUCCGAUUGGGUAAACCAUUCUGUUGCCAGUUAUCUUUGUUAUUCAGUAUGCUUCUUGUGAUUAAAGAAAGAUGGU